CAAAAAUCAUCCAAAAACCAAGUAAAUCAAAAAAUGGAAUCACCCGAGACUGAAACACCGGAGACAGCUAUACCAGAGAUAGAUCUAUCCAAAAUCCGCCUCACCUACCGCUAUGAACUAUGCAACCAGAAGAAAAUGAUGCGAUGUAUCCCCCUGGACUAUCGCAUCAUCGCCAGCCUAACCUGCGAGGAUUUCACUAGAAUCACCCUCCUACACAGGCAUACCAUCUUCAUUCUCAACCUCAAUGUCCACAAUGAAGGGGUUAGUAAUACCCGCCUGCAUCGGGAUUACAGCAAGCGAUCGAAUAAAUUCAUUCGCCCAGGCAGGAAGACCUCAAAUAGCCUGGACGAAAGCUACGGCAAAUUCUGUGAAUGGAUUAUCACGGCGUGUAUUCCGUUGAUUGAGCAGUUGGCGUCGCCGUUUGAACAAGAGCAGAUGAUUUCAAUGGAGGAAUUCGCGUUCCCGAAAGUGCAUCAUAUCAAACUACUAACACAGAAGAAAGGCAUGAUAGCGAAUGCAGCAAUCGAUGAAGCCCCGCCUGAUCAUCUAGGUCGCUCUGUAAUGGAGACGGCGCCGAUCACUGAAUUAGGCGAUUUGGCAGACAAAGUGGAGAGAGUAUCUGCAUCUGAUAUCUCCAUCCGACUGACAGACCCCGACGACAAAGACAGCGAUGCCUAUCCAGCCGGCGGGCGCGGUGUUAGUUUUCCCACCACACGACAGGCAGUAUACCUGCCCACCGGCGAGAAGAAGUAUUUCAAAUCAUUCGACCAAAACGUACCAGUCUCCAGCUUGCUGCGCGAAGUCAAAUUUCUCCACCGUGCCUCAGAACUCGGUCUAGACAAGACGCUCCGCAUCCCCAAACUGUACAGCAUAGUCACCAGCCAAGACGGGGAGAAAAUCAUCGGCAUGCUUCAAGAUUGGCUUCCCUUCGGACGUUUCGAUCUCACGCAUCCUGACAUCCGUCGGAUGAGAAAGGAAAUGUACUCGAAAUGGAAGGAACAGGUCAUGGAUAUUGUGACCACUCUGCAUUCGCAUGAUUUGAUCUGGAAUAAAUCAGAGCUCUCAACAAUUCUAGUCGACUCGGACCAUAAUGCUUGGAUUUAUGGCUUUGAUGGGCCGUGGUUCAACCAGUAUCAUCCUAUUACCUCUGUCUCGGAGUUGAGAGAGAUUUAUAAGAAUGGUGGGAGUAAAGAGUGGGAUAUAAUCGGUGUGAAUAAGGUAUUCAAGGAUUUUUUGACCAGGCGGUGAUUUAUUCUACUUGAUCUUAUCUUAUAUAGGGAAAUAGCAAUAUAC